GGGUUCUCUUCUGCGGAGCAGUGUUAUUGGAUAUGGCGUCAUACUCAAAAGAUCCUUUCAUUGUCGCAAUGCCGUUUCCGGCCGCCAAUGAUCCGAGGUACCUGAGCAACUGCUAAUUUUAGCGUGUUCCUCCAGCAAUCAGGCUCUAUUUCCUGCCGGAACCCCCCGCCAGAAGACAAGGCUGCUUCGAGGAUCCGACAGCUUCUUGACAACACCCAACAAAAGGCAGCUUCUCGGUUGUGGCAACAACACAUGAAAAGGACAAGAAAACACAAGCGGUCCUUUGUCUCAAGUCGCACGCAUGGUCUGAUCCCCACGGAACAAACCAACUUCACACCGUCACAAUGGCGAGUUUUCCAGAUAGUCCUAUGAGCGCACGCCCCUCGCCUGAUAAGCUAUACUUUCCCGGCAAAGCCAAGUCGCUAGAAGGCAUUGCGCUUCGGUCCUUCUGUCUGGGUAUUUCGCUUGCGCUGUCUGCGGUGGCGAUCGCGGCGGUCAUACUAUUCUCAUCCUCUCCAUUAUGGCGAGUGCCUUUCUUCUUCGCCGCGCUCUCGACAUUCCAUUUUCUCGAGUUUUGGACAACCGCAAAGUACAAUACGCAAGAGGCCAAGAUCGAGUCCUUUCUUCUGACCGCAAACUGGCCUAUGUACUUCAUUGCGCAUUCGUCUGCGACGAUUGAGUGCUUCUUCACGAAACUACUGUGGCCAAAUCGUUCAUGGGCCCCCUUGUAUACCGGACACAUUCUCCUACUUCUCGGAUUCUUGCUCGUCUUUAUUGGACAAUUUGUUCGGGCUACUGCUAUGAUGCAGCUUGGUACCAACUUCAACCAUAUUGUCCAGGAUAGAAAGAAGACGGGCCAUGAGCUCAUGACUUCAGGCAUAUAUGGAGUCAUGCGGCACCCGUCUUACUUUGGCUUCUUCUGGUGGGGGAUUGGCACUCAAAUAGUACUUGGUAACCCCAUCUGUUUCGUUGCAUAUCUAGCCGUGCUUUGGCGAUUCUUUUCUACGAGAAUACCGACCGAAGAGGCGCACAUGGCUCGGUUCUUUGGUGAGGAUUUUAUUGAGUACAAAAAGCGUGUACCUACCAUGAUUCCCUUCAUCCGUUGAUGGGCGUCGACCGGCUAGAAUGGGCUUGUGGCGUUCAGGGGCCCUAUCUGAGAAGCAUUUGAAAACGUACGGUAGCAAGGCUUUUGAACCAUGAGACGUGCAAGUGCUAUAACAGCGAUCGGUGCAGUUGUAAGAAAUAUCAUCCGUUUCCACUUUCAAAGCCCUUUGGCCUUUACAACUUCCUGUAACAUAUUAUGACUGGGAACUGUUCCUCCAAAGGAUCAGGUAAUACAGUAGAUAGCUCUAGCAAUGGGAGGAUAACAUCGG